AAUAAAAAGAAGAGUUAAGGGAGUUCAUAAAAAAAGAAGAAGAGAGAAGUAAGGUGAUUGCUCUAUAGAGCUAGAGAGAGGCUGAAGCCUAUUGAGAGUUGUAGAGUGGCUAAAAGAAAUAAUAGUGAGAGAGAAGUGCAUUACUUGUAAUAUUUUAUAUCAAAGAAAGAUAGAAGCUGAAGUCCAUUUCGUCCAAAAAUAUAUUUGUUCAAUUCCUCAUUCACAGGUUCUCAUUCCAUCAAAUUAGUAUCAGAGCCAAGUUCGAUCUAUCUGGUUUAAUUGAAGGUACUAGUGUACGAGAUGGCAAACAUGAUCCAGCCACAGAUCCCGAAGCUGACUAAGACCAACUACGACAGUUGGAGUAUUCAGAUGAAAGUCUUGCUCGGCUCGCAAGACUUAUGGGAACUCAUAGAGAACGGUUACGCAGAACCGGAGUCACCAACUGCUGAAGCCAAUCUCAGUGCCACUCAGAAGAGUGAAUUGAAGGAGUUCAGAAAAAAGGACAAGAAAGCUUUGUUCCUCAUAUAUCAAGGAGUAGAAGAAUCAGCAUUUGAGAAGAUAUCCAAUGCUCUGUUUUCUAAGCAAGCUUGGGAGAUUUUACAAAAAUCCUAUCAAGGUGCCGAAAGAGCCAAAAAGGUACGACUCCAAACUUUGAGAACAGAAUUUGAAAAUUUAAAGAUACAAGCUACGGAGUCAAUAUCCGAUUAUUUCAACAGAGUUCAAACUAUUACCAAUCAAAUGAAAAGAAAUUGAGAAGUAAUUGAUGAAGUUAGAAUCAUGGAGAAAAUACUUAGAACUUUAGACUCUAAAUUUAAAUAUAAUAUUCCUGCAAUACAAGAGUCUAAAGAUCUUUCUGAAGUUUGUAUUGAUGAACUCCAAGGUUCUCUGCAAGCCUAUGAGCUAGAUAUAAAUACUAGCACAAAACAAACAGAGAAUGUAGAGCAAGCACUGCAAAGUAAGAUGACUAUCAAAGAAGAUAGUCGAAGAGGUCGUGGACGCUACAGAGGAAGAGGCAGCUACAAUGCCAUACGAGGACAAGGUAGACAAUACCAAGGAGGCCAUAAAAAUCAAGCUCGUGAAGAAGAUCAUGAACGAUCAUUUGAUCGAGGACGAGGAUGUGGUGCACAAGGACGAGGAUAAGGAAGAAGUUACCAGGAGGACAGAUCUCAGCCACAGUGCUACAAGUGCAAGAGAUACGGCACUCUCAGCUACGAAUGUUGGGAGAAAUUAAAUCAAAUGGCAGAAAGAAGUAACUUUAUAGAAAUGGAGCAGCCAAAAACUUCAACUGUCCUACUGACAUACCAGGAGGGUAAAAGCAAGAAUCAAGAUAUAUGGUAUCUCGAUACAGGUGCCAGUAAUCACAUGUGCGGCAUCAAGGAGUUCUUUACCGAGCUGAACGAGAUGGUGCAAGGAGAUAUCACUUUUGGAGAUCAGUCAAAGAUUCCAGUGAAAGGAAAAGGCAAGAUAAUGAUUCAGACAAAGACGGGCGAGAACAGGUUCUCAUUCCCUCAGUAGCUCCAUCAGUGAAGACUUGAAGAGUGACUGAUCGAUCAUCUGCACUGGAAGACCACUUUGUCUCUCUUCUCUCUUUUUUUUCUUUCUCUCUUUUUUUCACUUGUUGCUUGCAAGAUCAAGCUAUUAUAAAAGAUCCUCUAUUUUAAUGAAAAAUUAGUUUGUUUUCUACUUUC